GUCAUUCAAGCCGGACUUUGUCCUUAUCCGCCAACAUGCCUUCAGUAUGACCCAGAAUGAGGACUUCCGUAACCUGAUCAUUGGUCUGCAGUAUGGGGGCAUCCCCAGUAUCAACUCCCUGGAGUCCAUCUACAACCUGUGUGACAAGCCCUGGGCGUUUGCACAACUAAUAAGCACCUACAGGAAGCUUGGUGCAGAGAAGUUCCCUCUGAUUGAACAGACCUUCUAUCCCAACUACAAGGAUAUGGUUGCCAUGCCAACAUUUCCUGUCGUGGUGAAAAUUGGACACGCUCACUCAGGAGUAGGAAAGGUGAGGGUGGAUAACCACAGUAAAUUCCAGGACAUUGCCAGUGUGGUGGCUCUUACCCAAACCUACACCACCACCGAGCCCCUCAUCGACUCCAAGUACGACAUCAGGAUCCAGAAGAUUGGCAAUGACUACAAAGCUUACAUGAGGACCUCGAUCUCUGGCAACUGGAAGACCAACAUAGGCUCCGCCAUGCUGGAACAAGUGGCCAUGACUGACAGGUACAAGCUGUGGGUUGACACCUGCUCAGAGAUCUUCGGAGGGUUGGAUAUCUGUGCUGUCAAAGCCAUUCAUGGGAAGGAUGGGAAAGACUACAUCACUGAGGUAUGAGCUGCGUACAGUUGGGAGUAAGUGUGAAAAUGUUUCAAUAUACAGUGCUUGACGUAUUGCAUGAGUUUCUCAUGCUGUAUCACCUAAUUACGUAGUUGCUCUCUACACACCGACGCGGUUAAAUAUAAUGAAAGGUUCAACAUCUUUGUUAAACAAUGUAUUGAUGUAUUCCACGUCCUUUGUCAGGUCAUUUUGAGUCUAUCUGGUUGUUAUGGG